AUUGGCGGGGAUGCCCCCUGCGUAUAAUUUCAGAUUUUAAUAAAUAUAAUGGAAGCAAGAAGAGACGAAAAUGAUUCCGAUGCAAGAUAUCGCGCACGCUAUAAAUUGCUGAGGAAAACCGCGAAACAAUUGGUUUAUGAAAACGCUGCUAUGUGCAAUGAAAUCAAUAGGUUAGAGGAAAGAACUGUAUCUGCAAAAGUGCAAAGAAAGUUUUUAUUGAAAAAAUUGUUUCAAUUAGAAAAACCGGAGCAGAGAGGAAAUGGAGAAAAGAAUCAGAGAAGAACAAACUUGGUGCAGGGAUUGUCUAAUUCAAAAACAAGUUCCAUACAAAAUGAACCAACCACAGCAAAGACAGAGAAUGAUGAAAAUAAAAUUGACAAUGCAAGCCAAGUUUUACAAGUGACAUGACACAUCCUGCUAUAGCUGCCAUUGCUUAUAUAUCCAAAGCAUAAAAUCAAAAGGGAAUUUUAAGCUGUGAACCUCAGAACCAGCUUCAUACUCUGAUAUAGUUUCUUUAUAAAUUCUAAGAUCGGAUUUGAAUAUAUAUUUCCCGGCCCUUAAAU